GAGAGUGCUAGGAUUAGUAUGAACUACUGUAUUACCGAAGACACGCAAUGGCGAAGCGGUAACCAAGAAGAUUAACAGAAAGCAGAAAGAAAAGAAACAACUUUGAUCAUCAUCAUCAUCAUCUUGCUAAACUAAGAAAAUCAGUAAGCAGUUGGAAACUAUUAUAUAAAUGGAAUGCAUGGCUAGUAGUACUUCAUCAUCUGUUAGGCCUAAGAAGAAUGAUAAGGCAAAAGAGGAUAUAAUCAGUAAGCUACCUGAUUCACUUAUAACUCACAUUCUCUCUAUUCUUCCUACAAAAGACGCGGUUCGGACAAGUGUGUUAUCUAAAAGAUGGAUAGAAAGAUGGACAUUAAUCACCAAGAUGGAUUUUAAUGACACCUUGUUUUACACUCGCAAGAGAAAGAAAUCCCGUGGCAAACAAAGCUUCGUAAACUUUGUCUACCGAACUCUUAUUUUAUCGAAACUUUACCUCAUGGUGGAAAGUUUUUCUCUUUUCCUCACUAACAACGAGUAUGAUGCAACUAUGGUUAAUACAUGGAUCUCUUGCAUCUUGAGUCGGGGAGUGAAAAAACUUCAUAUUCACACCAAUUUUGAAGUUGCUUUCUCUCCUCUUACAUCUCAUUCGCUUUUCAAUCGCUCCUAUUAUUUAGAAGAAUUGGUGUUAGAGAUGUAUUGUUGUGCUUGUGCCAUCAAAGUUUCUCCUGGCACUUAUAUUUCUUUGGGAAGCCUAAAAAUACUCAAGUUGGAUGGAGUUAUAUUUACCAUGGACAAUCCUUUACGCAUUGUUUUCAGAUUAUUGGAAAAGUUUGAAACAAAAAACUGCUCUUGGUUAAGUGCUCAUGAUCUUACUAUUGAAGCACCUCUUCUUCAAAGUAUUUUAAUAGUACUAGACUGUGAGCCAUUAACUCGUGAGCCACGUAGCUGCACAAUCAAAUUUUCUGCUUCAUGUAUGAAAGAAUUCACUUAUGAAGGUAUUGGUGGUAUAUCACAGCCCAUUGUUCUGUCAAAUCCUUCCGCAGCCCGUGACACUUUUGUUAAGAUUAUGUUGCAAAGGACUGGGAGUGGAUCAUUUGCUUGUCUCCUUCUCAAACAAUUUAGUCAAGCGAAGCGUAUCGAAUUUCACAGAUCAGAGGUUCUCACACAACCAGAUAUGAUUGUUCUACCAAGAUUUGCAAUGUUGAGCCAUUUGGAUCUUGGCGUUGUUACUGGUGAAGUUUUGUUGAGCUUACUUCAAAAGUCUCCUAUUCUCAAUACUCUAGUUUUAAAGGAAAUAUCAACAUUUGACCAAGUGCUUCUGAAUUCUGCUGCUGUGCCCGAGUGUUUGGCAUCAAGUCUCCGAUUUGUGAAAUUUGGAAGUGUCGAUGGAUCCGAGCAUGAGUUGUUUUUGGCUAAAUAUUUUAUGGAAAAUGGGAUAGUGCUUGAGAGAAUGAGUUUCGCUGUCAAUUUAUGGCUGAGUAAAUCUAAGGCCAUUGAAGAAUUUAAGGAGAAGUUGUAUGGAUUUAAGAAAGGAGUCUCUUUUGCUAUACUUGAAUUUUAUCAUUAG